GCGCAGGCGCCUCGGAGGCCGGGACGGAAGGAACAAGGCGAAGGCGAAGGUGGCGGCGACGUUGGCGAGGGAAGAAGGACUGGCCGGCGGCGAAGAAGGAGGCACCUCGAGGCGCAGUCGAUCCUUCUCAGUGGAUGAUUGCCACGCUCAGGUUCUAGCACCUAUGUGCAGAGUUGUGUUUAAAAAUGGCAGAGGGAGGUGGCAAUGAAGAAGUAAUUCACUUGAACAGCUUUCAGAGUCACAGAGGGAAAGACAGAAUAAAUCGCAGAGAUGAAGGGCUCAUCACCAUAUCAGACUCCUCAGAUGAAGAAUUGCCUCUGUUGUCCGAGAUACCGGCUUCACGGCAGCUUGAGGACGACGAAGACGAGGAAGAGGAGGAUGAGAGUGAUGCUGAUGACAACGAGGACGAGGACGAUGUUGUCAUCCUGGCGGAGACACAUAAACACAAUAAACGGCCUAUUGUCAUCAAGCCAGCUGCUCAGUGGCAAGACAUGAAUAGAUCGGGAGAAGGCCAUAAAAAUAAUACAACUGCAUCCCUGCACGAUCGAACCGAUCCCUUUUCGGGGUGUAAUAGAGUACCCUGUUCCAUAACAAAGAACGGACCCGGGCCUAGCAGGGACCAAAAUGCGAACCAGAACGCUCAUUUGCCUGGACCCUCCGAGCACAAUAAGCACUUGGCCAAAACAGCAAAUGAGCCCAAGCCCGGGCCCAGUAACAUCCAAGCAAUAAAAGUUAUCCUCAAACCCGGUAUCGAAAGGGAAGUCAUUAAUUUGGAAGCAGGUAGCUUUCCGUUUCAAAGAAGCAAACAUCCAGAAGCACAGAAACAAUCAGCGAGAGACUCAAAGCCAGAACUUUUACCAAACCUCAGAGAACCACCUGCUGCAGUAGGAGGACAGGCCAUCCGAGAUAACAGUUGGUUGGAUCACCCCUAUUUUCAACCGAUCGACCGCGAACCCCAAGUCUUUGCCAACCCCCUUGUUCCGCUACAAGGUCGCCCCGAAGCGCUCCUCGGACCGCUGUUGGAAAUGUACCAGGUUGAGAACCCGGGGCCGGCCUUUCCUCGGCCAGAACCUCAGCAAGAUGGGAUUCCAGGCCCCGCGUCGCCUCAGCCUGCCCAUCCACCGGGUGAACUUCAAGACCAACAGCCAGCAAUAGACAACGAACAGCCAGGCCCAGCUUUCCCUCUGCAGGGAUCUCAUGAGCCUAACUCUGGAAAUGUUCUGGAACAAGGACCCAAUAUGCUAGAUCAAGAACUCAUUGCACUAUUAGUGGAAGAAACGGAAGCAAGAUUUCCGGAUGUAGCAAGUGGGUACAUUCAAGAAAUAAUACAUUCGAAGAAUUGUUACGAUUUAAAUGUGCUUUGUAAUUUUCUUCUGGAAAAUCCAGAUUAUCCAAAGAAGGAAGGCAGAGUGGUUUUAAAUCCCAAUAGUAGCCUACUCGUCAGCCAAGAUGAGACAAAGGUGCCUAAAGUGGAUUUUUUUGACUUUUCGAAGCUUACUCCUCUUGAUCAACGCUGCUUUAUCCAAGCUGCUGACCUCCUCAUGGCAGACUUCAAAAUGCUCAGCAGUCAGGACAUCAAGUGGGCACUACACGAACUCAAGGGACACUAUGCAAUCACCCGAAAGGCCUUUUCUGAUGCCAUUAAAAAGUGGCAGGAGCUGUCGCCAGAAGCCAGUGGGAAGAGAAAAAAGAGGAAAGAAAUGAAUCAGUAUUCUUACAUAGAUUUCAAAUUUGAGCAAGGUGAUGUGAAAAUUGAGAAACGUAUGUUUUUUCUGGAAAACAAACGACGACACUGGAGGUCCUACGAUAGGCGCUCGCUCCUUCCACCAGUGCAAGCAGAGCAGGAGUUCUACGACCAGAAAAUUAAAGAAAUUGCUGAGCAUGCAGAUUUCCUGCUUGCCCUGCAGAUGAAUGAAGAACAGUAUCAGAAGGAUGGUCAGAUGAUCGAGUGCCGGUGCUGCUAUGGGGAGUUUGCAUUUGAGGAGCUAACACAGUGUGCAGAUGGUCAUUUGUUCUGCAAGGAGUGCCUCAUCAAAUAUGCCCAAGAGGCAGUGUUUGGCUCUGGAAAGUCUGAGCUUAGCUGCAUGGAGGGCAGCUGUACGUGCUCAUUCCCAACCAGCGAACUGGAGAAAGUGCUUCCAGAGACCAUCCUGUGUAAGUACUAUGAGCGAAAAGCUGAAGAAGAAGUAGCCGCAGCCUGUGCGGAUGAACUUGUCAGGUGUCCUUUCUGUAACUUCCCAGCUCUGUUGGACAGUGAUGUGAAGCGGUUCAGCUGUCCCAAUCCUCGUUGCAGAAAGGAAACCUGUAGGAAAUGCCAGGGGUUAUGGAAAGAACAUAAUGGCCUUACUUGUGAACAGCUGGCUGAAAAAGACGACAUCAAAUAUAGAACAUCUAUUGAAGAGAAGAUGACAGCCGCCCGCAUUAGAAAAUGUCACAAGUGUGGCACCGGCCUCAUUAAAUCAGAAGGUUGCAAUCGCAUGUCCUGCCGUUGCGGUGCCCAAAUGUGCUACCUCUGUCGAGCCUCCAUCAAUGGAUACGACCACUUCUGCCAGCACCCCCGUUCGCCUGGUGCCCCUUGCCAGGAAUGCGCAAAAUGCUCCCUUUGGACGGAUCCCACAGAAGAUGAUGAGAAGAUAAUCCAGGAAAUUCAGAAGGAGGCUGAAGAGGAACAGAAGAAAAAAAAUGGAGAAAGCAGCUUCAAGCGAAUCGGUCCUCCUGUGGAGAAACCACCUGAAAAAAUCCAGAGAAUGGAAGGCAUCCCAAGACCCGUCCCACAUAAUCUUCACCAUCCCAGGAUCCCCCCCUAUCCUUUUGUUCACCCACCCUUCCCUCUGCCUCCUGUCCGCCCCAUAUUCAACAACCUUCACCUCAACAUGGGGCCUAUCCCUGCUCCCUACGUCCCUCCCCUGCCGAACAUGCGGGUGAACUAUGAAUUCCCCCCGAUCAACAUCCCACUGGAGCACAAUUUACCUAUGCACUUUGGUCCUCAGCCUCGACAUCGGUUCUGAUGGAUGUAGUAACUACCUGUAGCGGGGGAUUCUGCAAGGAGAAAACCUCCCUUUGCAGCUGCCCCGCUUUCCCCCUCCUCCCCCACCCCCCCAUCAUUCCAAUCAGUUGACAGGGAACAUCAUGCCAGGGAGCUGAAGCUGAGACAACUUUCCACUGUAAUUAUUAAUUUGAAGUUUGACACAAAGUCUGGUUCGGAUUUCUUUCCGGUUUUUCUCGAAGAUCGUAACUCCCUGCCGAGCAUCUGGGAAUUGGUUUAUGGGUAGAGCCGGCACGCGGGCGCUGGCUCCCCACAGGGCUCGCUCAGAGUUCUCCAACUCAUUUUUUCCAGAGUGGGUGGGGGGAGGGAAGGGGAAGAUGGGCAGGGAGCUGGCCAAUCAACAGGGAAAAAUGCAGCAGGAAGCCCGAAGCCUGAGCCGAACGGUCCUGCCUUCCAGAGACAUUGCCAGCCCCCAUCCAUAAGAGGAUGCAGCUGGAAAGGAAGGAAGAGCCUGGGAUCGUUGGAUAUCAAUAAUAGGAUUUGGCUGCAUUUUUCUCUGGGCCAGAGGAUGUUGGGAAGGGAGGGGAGGCAAAAUCCAGCUCCUAACAUCUGCAUGGAGAGUAUUCCAUAUGUCUGCCAAACUGCCCCCCAAAAAUAACUGAGAUACUAGGAAUGGAAAACUGCAUUGCUUAGUAGACUGAGUACCCGGCUGGAUUUGUCACCCGAGCGAACCGAACCAUGAAAAGAGGGGUCUUAUUAAGUCUUUCCUUUAAAAUGACAUUUCUGAGCCUAAGGGCUGGAGGCGAGAGAUUUGCCAAUUGUGCACGAGUCUGAGGGAUUAAGUGGUUCAUCAAUGCAACAAUAGUUUUUGUUCAGGCUCUUCCAUUGGCUCCUGCUGCUAGAGUAUGCAGAGAAAUGUUGGCCUCCAGUUCGCGUCUGGUGGUGACCAGUGGUAAUUAAGGAAACUAAAACACAACUGUGCCUUUCACGGGUUUUCCAGAAUCCUCUCUCCUAGGCAGGAAGGGUUCACUCUUUGGGGCUGAGCAGAAUGGAACCAGGUUUCCUCCGAGGGCAUUUGGCAGCUCACUUUAGGGAGCCAGCCAGCUUUCUGCUAGUGCAUAAUGCCACGCCCUUCAAAACGGGGUGCAGAAGUGGAGUGGCCUGCCCAGCCUGAGCCGAGCACCCCUGGGUUGAGAGGCGCUGGGUGAGCCAUAUUGUGAUUUGCUUGCGUGCCCACUGGCUUCCCCGGCUCCUCUACGCGCUCAGGGUGCCGUAAGCCAAGCGGGGUCAAAAGGAUGCCGGACGUCAGUUUAAUCCAAGAGUUAAGAGGGAGAGGCCCGAGGAGCCCUGUUCAGAGCCCAGAAACUGGCCUGGUCAGGGCUGCGGUAAUCCAAAUGGGCUCUGCUGCCUCUUGAAAGCAGAGGGAGAAACGUUUCUAUCUCUCUUGAAGUGAAACUUCACCGGAUAGUUUCCUGAAGCUUGGAAUUUGAGCUGAUGUUUAGUUUUUGAUAACAGUGCUAUUUCCUCCAAGAGGUUCUCUUUUUAUCCCCACCCUCCGCAGCAGUGGGUAUGCUAUUACUAAGGUAGAUUUUCCAAAGACGUUUUGUCCCCUUUUGCCCAAUUGGAUGAUAACUUCUCUUCCCACUUCUUUCUCUCCUUCCCUCCUCCCCCACCCCCCGAGGAAUUAGUUGUUUUAAUAAGCCCUCGUCUAGAUUUUAUUAGGGCAUCAGGCAGUUCAAGGGGGAAGAGUAAAAGAGUUCACAACCACCGGUCCCUGGGGCUCUUGAAGGCACAAGGAGCGGGAAGGAGGCCAGGGGAGAGAGACUGAGUGAGGCAGUCUUGACUGGGUCCUCAGGCUGGCUUUUGUCUUGCCAAAGGACAGCUGCAGCAGAGGUGGGGAGUGGAGGGGGCGGGAGGGAAAGCUUCCCCUCUUCCCCAGGAAACCUCCAGGGAUGGGGAACCCUUAAACUCCAGCCACACUGUAAGGUUCUCCACCCGUUCAGUUGGGACAACUCGUCGGCAUCUGAAUGUAGUAAGGCUCUAAGUUGGCACCCCGUUUACUCUUCCGCUGUGUCCAAUGCUGGUUUAGGUUUUUUUGUUGUUGUUUCUGUGGUGAGGAAAACCUUGUAAUUAACUAUCUGACAACUUUUGCUGCUAAGGUUUUGUUUUGUUUUGUUUUAAUAUCUAUAUAGAAAAGAAACCCCAGUAUAGGGAUGGAAAUGACUUUCUGAAUGCUGCUCCACUGGUCUUCAUUCAGGUUAAUUAAAUCUGCACCUUACCCCGAUUACAUGAGAAGAAUUUUUCCCCCAGUCAGUAGCUGUGGGCCAGCAUGCUGAUAUAUACACUGUAUACUAGGAGGGACAGGAAAGAAGACUGAGCAUUAGAGUCCUUUAUUUUCCACUUGCUCUCAGCAACGAAACCAUAAGGACUCCUUCCCAGAAGCAAGGAAAAUGGUUUGCUUCUUCUGGUUGCCGAGUAAAACAGGCGGACUUUUGACUUUUUCUCCAGGAUUCCUCAGACAGAUCCUGCCGUAUUUCCUCUGCCUCCGAAAUUCAACUCGGAACCUCUCCCGCCCGUACCCCGGCAAUGGUCGUUUCGUCCCAGGUGGAAGUAUUUUACACCCAGUAGUCUAAGAGUAGCAACCUGUGCCACCGUGUCAACUGAAUUCUCCCUUUGCCGUACUUCCAGUUCCUGCUGACCCGUGAACGGGAGGCGUUCAGUGGUGCGCACGCACGUCGUUGCUCGGCCGCGGCCUCCCUCGGCCAAGCGGGAAGCAGGGUGUGAGAAAGGAAGAAUCCGUUUUCCUCGUUUAUCCUUCACGUUUAGCCUUGUGUGCGUGUUUGAGAGGGCAGGCGGACCCCGACUGCCCGUUUUAUCGAGUGUUGUCCCUAGCGAACCUAGCUGUGUGAUUUACAAAAGGUUUCUCUGACUGGAGACUUCAGCAUUUAAUGCCAAACCCAAAAAAGAAAUAAAUCGAAACCAUGGCCAGGCCUUUUAUGUUGCAAGCUGUAUUGGUACAGUUGUGGAAAGUCUCCCAGUAGCGUGAGUUCUCCUUUGGAUUUGACUUCCACGUUGGUAUAUGGACCACCUGGUGUGAAAACGAAAUCAGUUUGGCAGCAGACAUCGGGUGUGUUCGAGGUUUGCCACCCUCUGAACCUUCGGCUUAUUAAAAGAAAAGAAAAUGUUUGAGUCUCCAAAGAGGUGUUCUUUCCGCUUUUCCGUACGCUGUUUUGGUGAGACUUGAAUGCAGGGAAGCGAUGGCCAUCGUGGGGUCGGUGGGGAGAUUUGUUGGAAGGGAGACUGGGGCGGGAAGGUGGGGGAGCAUCAUGGCCGAGGAAGCUUGAACUGCCUUUCCAAACGUCCGUGUGUCUCCUUCGGAGCCCGUCCCCCUCCUCCGACCCAAUCAUUUUUUUAUUCUUUAUAAAUUCCAUCUUACUGUGGAGUGAGGGGGGACGUGCAUUGUCAUGUGAUGGCUUGAGGUUGGGUAGUAACCCUAAUGACCAGUGCCUUUUGAAAACCUCCUACUGAUGGCUGUAGGCAUAUGGGGAUCACAGGAGCACCUUCAGGGGCCACAGAUUGAUUGCAAAGCACAAUUCCCUUUGAAAAAAAAAAUCAGUAAAUAAUUAAAAGCAUAUUCCUAAGAACCUCCCCCCAACCAGGAGGGGCAGCAAAGAAACCAGAGGGAGGAGCUGUAAUCAAAUUGGAUUUUUUGCAGCAAGCUUGCUCUCCCAGGUUAAAAGCCUACAAAUUUUCCAUCAAUUGAGCUCAGUCAGGCCCCUGAAUCCAGAAUGCUCCUGGCGGGAUCUGCACCUGAUUGUCCAAGGCCAGUUGUCCAAGGCACGACGUGCCAGUCGAACCUGUAUAUGUCAGAGCGGGCUUGUGGAAGCACCAGAGGUGCCACGGUUAAUUCAUGGCAUCAGAGAGGGCCAGCAAAUUUCAAGACGUAGAACCACCGGGAAGAAGAUUGUUCUUUCUAAGUUUCCUCUCUUCAGCCCUGUACUUCAUAAGUUUCAUGGAAGGGUACGUCGCUACUAUCGCCGGUCAGUUUUUUUUAUUAGGCCCAUUUUAAUCGGAGAAUGAGAUGGAAAAAAAAUUCAGACUUUUAUUUUGAGAGAAGACAGUCAAAUAGCCAAUAGGAAUAGAAAUAUACUCCUGCUGGGGGGAGUAAACUCCCAACUGGAGGAGCAAACUCCAUCCCAGAGUUUUCUAGAUGUGCUUAUAUAUGCUAACCUGAGAACAGGUGAUAAAAUGUUGACAUUUACUAAAAACAAUGGCCUCCCCCUUCAUUUACUGAUCUCAGGGGAUGAUUAAUAACCUCUCAAGACACCUGGGAGCUGCAUGGUUCCUCCCUGAUUCCAAAGCCUUCUGCUUUGUAACUUCUACUGAAGCCUUUCUAGCGAGUCUGCUUAAGCAAUCUUUUCCCGCUCUGAUCGGAGGUGGAGGGGAACUCUGCACAUUGAUGCCCAGUAGAGUUCGCCAAGGAAGGCUGAUCUCCCCUAGUAGCCUCCAGGACUCCUGCAUUGCUGGAAAGAACCCGCCCUUCCCUCUCUACGGAGGGUGACUAUUUAGUGGCAGAGAGUGAGAAUCUGCUAAAAACCUGGCAGUCGUCUGUGCAGGCUACAGGAUGGAAAGUCCAAAGAGAUUAGCCCAGCGCUUGAGAAAUGAAGCAAAAAUAGUAAUCCACCUUCAAUAACAUCUACUCUGCCUUUUACCUUCUUAGAACUUUAUUCCACCGAAUGGUGUCUGUGCCCCCGUAGAGAAAGAGAGAAAGAGAGAGAGGCAGCUGCAUAAUAGGAAUGGCCUUCCCACCCAGAGCCACUAGGCUCCUCCCUUCCCUAAUUAGAAUCCCUUUUUACUUGCCUUAAAGGUGGAGAGAGGAAUCUAGUAUUUGCACUUAGCAAAACGUUUAAAAACUGUAAAGAACUGUGCAUGACCUGCAACUUUAUAUAACAAUAGCCGAAAAUGAAUAGGUGGUUUAUUAAAAAAAAAUAUUUUUCUUUACCUUCUGGUAGUAAAAAAGAAAAACUGUUAUUCUAAUGUUUAAACUAUUCUGUGUGUAAAAAAAGUCUGUAUAAUAUGUAAUUUGCAUUUUUUGUAAAUAAAAUUUUGUGCACUCUGCCCA